UCUUAAUCAUUAAUUUAGCAUGAUUUAAUUAAUUAAAGGACUAUCUAAACAUCGUCUAUAGUAGGGGGUAACUUGUAGUGUGAAGUUGGUUCGCCAUAAAUGAGUAUUUCCCGCGCAAGCCCCUACAUCACCCAUGGGCAGGUUUUUAAUCUUUAUACUUAUUGCUCUUUACAAUGACAAAUUAAAUGGGUAAAAUAAUCAAUAAGAGUGACUAUUCAAAAAGCAUAUGUAAAAUGUGUAUGCUACGCCUUGUUCUGCUCCAUGUGUGCGUUGCAAAACCAGAAUGAGUGCAACCGCAAUGGGGGCAGUCGAAAUGCGUCCUCUGUGGUCUGUGGUGACGGCAAAGCAUCGACAGAAUAGGCCCACAAAAGUCAGCCUUAACUCAAAAAAUCAGUCAGUAUCUAGUCGAUCGUCUGGGCAGCUUGUUUAAUCCUGCUUCAGUCAUGAGCAAGAGCCGAGAAACCGCCCGAAUUGUAGUUGUUGGGGCUGGAGCCUCUGGGAUAGCUGCCGCUACUCGUCUCCUGGAGAAGGGCUUCAAUAACGUGCAGAUCGUGGAGGCUGAGAGCCGCAUUGGCGGGCGCGUACACACCAUUCCAUUUUCGGACAAUGUUGUCGACCUGGGAGCCCAGUGGUGCCACGGAGAGAAGGGGAAUGUCGUCUACGAGCUGGUGAAGGAUCUCCAUCUACUCGAGCGGACUGGAGACUUAUACAGUACGGUACGGUGCGUGCGAUCUAACAAGGAGGAAGUUCCUCAGGAGCUGGCUAUCACCUUAAGAGGAAUUGCCUCGACUUCAGUACCAGACGGUCCGAGUCCAUACGAGGGGUCAGUGGGGGAUUAUCUGACUCAAAAGUAUUGGAAGGAGAUUGACACCCAGCUGCCAUCGGUAGACCGCGCCCUGGCCAACGAGAUGCUGGAAAGCUGCAAGAGAUCCGAAAGCUCUUUAGAGGGCUCCGACAACUUGCUGGAAGUUUCGGGACGCGGGCAUUUAGAAUUCGCCGAAUCUGAUGGCGAUCAGCUGCUCAAUUGGCGCGAUCAGGGCUUCGAGAGAUUCCUUCGACUUCUGAUGAGUGCCAGUGAUCAGACCGAUGACCUUGGAGUGCUCAAGGGACGUGUAAAUUUCCAAAAGAGGGUUACCGAAAUCAACAGCGACUGUCCCAGCAAUUUGAAAGUUCGGUGCUCGGAUGGAGUGACCCUCAACGCAGAUCAUGUCAUUUGCACCGUCUCCCUGGGAGUGCUGCAGGAGCAGCAUGAGACGUUGUUUGUGCCUGCCCUACCUUCAGCCAAGGUUAAUGCGAUUAAAAGCCUCAAACUGGGCACAGUGGACAAGUUCUAUUUGGAGUUUGCGUCACAGCCGUUCCCUAGUGACUGUGCGGGGUUCUACUGUCUAUGGAUGGAGCAGGAUCUGCAGGAGCUACGCAGCUCGGAGCUCUUUUGGCUGGAGAGCAUCAGCGGCUGCCACCGGGUCACCUAUCAGCCUCGCCUGCUGGAGGCUUGGAUUGCGGGUGAGCACGCCCGCCACAUGGAGACGCUCACGGAGGAAAAGGUACUCGAGGGUCUGAACUGGCUUUUCCGUAAAUUUCUCAGCUUCGAUGUGCCUCAGCCUAAACGCUCUGUGCGCACCCAAUGGCAUUCCAAUCCAAACUUCCGUGGCAGCUACAGCUUUCGUACCACACGAGCCGAUGAGCUGAAUACUGGUCCCUGGGAACUGCAGACUCCUGUGAUGUGUGACAAUGGUCACCCAAUCUUGCUGUUUGCGGGCGAGGCCUCGAGCAAGACCCACUACUCCACAGUACAUGGUGCCGUUGAAGCUGGUUGGCGGGAAGCGGAGAGAUUAAAUGAUUUUUACCAAGAUAUUUCUCAUACUCAAUAAAAUUAGUGGAAAGCGUGAAAAUUUUUUUAAUUCUAUGUCAAGCUUGUCCAUGUCGUUGC